CCGCGCGCCGCGCUCAACAUGGCGGCCGCUCUUCUCCCGCCGUACCCACGUGGAGGCGCGUCGGUGACGUCACUUCCGCAGUGACGCCGGAAGCGGUGGCCGUGCCGCCAUGGAUGCCGGGUGGCAGCGGCCGGGGCUGUCGGUGACGCUCGGAGCUCUGCACGCGGCGCUGGGCCGGGCCGGGCCGCUGUGGGUGAAGGAGAGCAGCGCCCGCAACCUGCGGCACCGCGACUUCCUGGCGCCACGAGCUGCACUCGGGGCCGCGUUCGGCGGGGAGCAGGUUCCUCCCGGUGUUGUUGCUGCCGUGUCGGCGCUGUGCGGCCCGGGGGUGCUGCCGGUGUCCGAGUGCCGUCACACGGCGGCGGGGCUGGAGGUGCAGCUGCGGCGCGGUGAGACGUUCCGCCGCCUGCUGGGCCCGACAGCCGCCCCCGCCGCCCCGCCCGGUCCCCGCCCAGCCGUGGUGCUGCACUGCGCGGCCCUGCGCUGCCCCGGCCCCGUGUCUCCCCGCGGGCUGCGCCCCGUGCUGCUCGCCGACCACCUGGCCCAGCUGCUGCGCAAACAGGGGGUCAGCGUGUUGCUGGUCCCCGCCAUCGCUGACAAACAGGGUCGGGAGGUUUUACGGCAGCUCCGCGUGGAAUGGCCGUACAGCAGCACAGCCGGGUCUGACACCGUGUCAGCCCUGAAGCAAGCACUCAAACAGUGCCCCUAUGCCACGCGCUGUGAGAAGGGAUCAGGUGAGGCCUCGCUGCCCGAGAACGUCAUUUGUAAAGUCCAUCUGAAGAGCUUCGUGGAGCAGCAGGGCCUGCAAGGCUACGACCCCAACCUGGGAGUCCUCCUUGUUACAGAGGAGAAGCUGCGGUCCCUGGCUGAACUGCAGCAAGCUGUGCUGCAGGGCACGGCAGGGUGUCAGGGGAGCAGCUGCACUGUGGUGCAUGUGGUGAGCUGUGAGGAGGAAUUCCAGCAGCAGCAGAUGGAUCUGCUGUGGAGGAUUCUGGAUCCAGGAACCCACGUGGAUUUGCAGAAGCACCUUGUCUGUGGACCAGUGAAGGUGACAAACCCCUCAUCCCCCAUCAGUGCAGACCAGUACUUUCAGCUCAGAAAACGCCAGAUGUAUGAUGCCUCUGUCAUGAAAUAUGGGGAGCUUGCACAAGAUGAGGCCUGGACUGAGGUUAUUGAUAUCCUGACGGUGGCUGCCAUCAGGUUUGAGAUGCUGAGCACUGCCCACCGGAGCCAGAUCACCCUGGACCUGGAGGACAGCAGCAUUUCUACAAAGGGAACCAAGAGUGGUGCCUUUGUGAUGUACAACUGUGCCCGGCUGGCCACACUCUUUGACACCUACCAGAGGGCUGUAGAGCAAGGCACGUACCCACCUCUGCCACCAGCAUCAGAACUGAACUUCUCCUGCCUCCGAGAAGAGGGUGAAUGGCUCCUCCUCUUUAGCUACCUCUUGCCCUUCCCAGAAGUCUUGCAGCAAGCAGCGCAGCUGCCCUCACCCAGCAGGGGGUUCCGGAUCACAGCCAACACAGAGGCAGUGUGCAAGUUCCUGAUCCAGCUCAGCAUGGAUUUCAGCUCCUACUACAACCGGGUCCACAUUCUUGGGGAGCCAUUCCCUCACCUCUUUGACCAGAUGUUUGCUCGCCUCCAGCUGCUGGGAGCAGUGAGGGACAUGUUCCAUAGUGCCUUGGCGACUCUGCACCUCCCUCCUCUUAGCCAGAUCUGAGCCACCAGUGAAGACUGUUGACAAACUGCAGUGUUACAAGGGGCAGAACAGGGCACUUCCUCCCAGGCCAGGCACCAGGCUGCCUGCUGGUCAGGGACUAGGAGUUGAGGUCCAUCUGAGUCUCAUGAUGGGGCUCCUACUGCUCAGUGCCCAUGUUUUAAGGGCAUAGUUGAGUUCAAAGGAAGGAAGCACAAGGGACCAGGGCACCCCCAUAGAGCCAGGUAUCAAACUGUUCCCUUAAAGCCAUUUAUUAAAGAGGAGCUCUGUGCUGGCAGAGAGCUCUUGAGCCUCAAGGGCUGCAGCCCUGCUUUGUGCCAAGUCCUGACAUUAGGGCUGAAUACAGUUAUUGCUGGACAAA